GUACCUGUUCCCAGGGCUCUUUCUGCCAGCGCUACCGGGCCUACAUAAAGGAGGUCCAAGGCACAGGUGCUCAGCUCCACUUCGUGGAGCCCGGCUCCCUGUCCCAGAGGAGCGGGCACGAGGUGCAGUUCCGGAUUUCCCAGCGCCAGGGCGCAGGGAUUCUGGAGCCCCUGGAACUCUCCCUGGGCUUCUUCCGGGCGGCUUCCGGGGCUUCCGGGGGAGCCUGUGGGGUGCUCCGCAUCUCCAUUUUGGCCCCGGGGGAGCAGCGAUUUCGGCCUCGGGAGGGCGAUGUGGCGAUGGUGCCGGAGAGCGGCUUGGAGCCGGACGUCGUUACGGUGCAGUCGGAAGAGGCCAUGACCGUGAUGAUCGCCGGGGACUGCUCCGCGAGGCUCCGAUACGAUCCCCUGGAGCUGGACUUGCUGCGCUCGGGUCGGAUCUUGCAGACCCUGAACGCCCGACAUUUUCUAAACUUCGAGCAGCGGCGCAGCCGGGAGACCGGUGCGACCGGUGCCCGACCCUUCCUCGAUGCCACGGACAUCGCUGCUGGGUCGCUGUGGGAGGAGACCUUCGAUGGCCAUGUGGACUCCAAGCCGCACGGCCCCACGGCUGUUGGCAUUGACAUCAGCUUUCACCAGGCCUCGCAUGCCGUGGGUCUGGCAGAGCACGCGACGCAGCUCCACCUCGCCGAGCCCCGCUUCGAGGAGCCUUAUCGCUUGUUCAACUUGGACGUCUUCGAGUACGAGGUGGAUGUGCCCAUGGCGCUCUACGGCAACAUCCCCAUGAUCACGGCCAUACACAGAGGGCUGGAUGGAGGCAGCGCCAGCGCAUCGGGAAUCUUGCUCGUAAACCCAUCAGAGGGCUUUGUGAAGGUCGACGCAGCCAACAACGGCAGCGACACCGAGACCUGGUGGACCUUCGAGGCCGGCGUCCUGGACUUCUUCGCCUUUUUGGGCCCGGCGCCCGCGGAUGUCUUGCGGCAGUACCACGCUGUCACGGGGUGGCCUCGGAUGCCGCCUCUGGCCGUCCUGGGCAAACACCAGUCCAGGUGGAAUUACAUCACUGUAGAGGAUGUGCUGGAGGUGGCAGGGAAGUUCGAUCAGCACCGGAUACCCCUGGACUUCAUCUGGCUGGAUCUGGAGCACACGAAUCAGAAGCGCUACUUCACCUGGGACCCGGACCACUUCCCCAGAGAAGGGGUGCGGCGGAUGCUGGACGAGCUGAACAGGACCCAGCGCAAGCUGGUCACCAUCAUCGAUCCGCAUCUCUUCGCCGGUGAUGCCGACUAUGCCGUGGCGGCCCGUAUGAAAGGGCAGGGCUUUUUGGUGAAACGGCCCGGCAACUCAAGCUCGCCUGCCCAGGAUUUCGAGGGGUUCUGUUGGCCAGGCCCUUCGAACUAUCCGGACUUCUGUGAUCCGAGAAUGAGACGAGAGUGGGCGAAGCUCUUCGACUUUUCCUCAUAUCCCGGCUACCCUGCAGAGAUCUAUACUUGGAACGACAUGAACGAGCCAAGUGUCUUUGACGGCCCCGAGAUCUCGCUUCCCAGGGACACCUUGCAUAGGUGCCAUGAGGAUGAUUAUAGCAUUGAGCAUCGCGAAGUGCACAACCUUUAUGGCUUCUACGUGCACGAGGCCAGCACGCAAGGCCAUCUGCAGAGGGCUCCAAACCUGCGCCCCUUCGUCCUGACCCG